AGCACAAGCUUCUUCCCAAGCACUUCCUCUUCUUCCUAAGCGCACACAUCCCUCGGAGCUAGGUGGAUCGGCGAUGUCGGGGCGCGGCAAGGGCGGCAAGGGGCUGGGGAAGGGCGGCGCCAAGCGCCACCGGAAGGUGCUCCGCGACAACAUCCAGGGCAUCACCAAGCCGGCGAUCCGGAGGCUGGCCAGGAGGGGCGGCGUGAAGCGCAUCUCGGGGCUCAUCUACGAGGAGACCCGCGGCGUGCUCAAGAUCUUCCUCGAGAACGUCAUCCGCGACGCCGUCACCUACACCGAGCACGCUCGCCGCAAGACCGUCACCGCCAUGGACGUCGUCUACGCGCUCAAGCGCCAGGGCCGCACCCUCUACGGCUUCGGCGGCUAGAUUCGUGUCGUGUGUCCGUUUGUGCUGUGGAAGACGGGUUUUACUACUGCUUUGGCGUGCGUCGUUGUGUUCCGUCUUGUGUUCAUUAGGCUGUAAUUCCUUGUUGCGGUCAAUGAAACUAGUUCUGUUCUGAAUCC